UGAAGGUCAGGCUAGCUUCAGGUAUUCUGCCUGUUACAGAGGAUAUAUCUACAGAUAAAUUGCCCAGGUUAAUCUGACUAGGAGAAGACACAUGUGUUUAUGGUGAGGUUGUGAUCUCAGGGGACAGUUACAGCUGAUAAACGCCAUUACUGAGGGGUGUUGGAUUAAGCAUUCACCCCUGCUGUUUCGUUUGUGCUAGUAUGUGGUGGCUGGGAGUUGUGUAGUACCCCUAUACCAGAGCUACACUAGUACCUGUGACUACCAUGGCAGUGUGGGUAGAGGCGAGAACAAGUACAUGUAUAUGUACUCAGGUCUUGUAAUCAGGGCUGUGUUGAGCAGGACCUCUGGGUAGCUACUCAGCUAUAGGACAAGCACUUGGUCGAUGAUUCAGUGCAACUUGGAUCUGUUUCCGGCAUAGCGUUGUAAAGAUAAAGAAAAGUUGAUGAGCUUGUGGAUUUGACACCUGUGAUUACUGUGAACGUGUGUAUUGUGAUGUUAAUGUGAAGGGUUACAUACAGGAAGGAAGUACAACGCAGGUGGGGUGUUGAUCCAGUUGAUAGCCUCGCUAUAGCUACCAUGGCGCUGGGCUAGCAUGGCUGCUCUUCCGGGAAGGCGCCCAGGAUAUUACAUACCACAGGAGAACUGGGAUAUAUCUAUUCUGCAACAGGUCAACGCUCAGCUGGAAAUGUACCUCAAAUCGCUGCCCGCGGGGUCGGAGCUCUCCCUGACAGAGCUUCAGGACAUCGCCUCCAGACAACAGCUUCAAAUCGACAACCAACAACAGGUGCUUGUAGCCAAAGAGCAGAGGCUCAAGUACCUCAAACAACAGGAGAUGAAGCACCAACAGAUGUCAGCCGAGAACGAGCGCCUACGUAAACUGAAAGAGAAAGUGGAGAGCCAAGAAAUGAAGUUAAAGAAGCUACGGGCUGUAAGGGGACAGGUGGAGCAGUACAAGAUCAACAACAACAGUCUCACCUCUGAACUAGAGGGUAUCAAAUCUUUAUUCAAUGAAAAGGAGAAGGAAUUGGCGAUGGCGGUGGCCAAAGUGGAAGAGCUGACUACUCAACUAGAAUCCCUGAGGGCAGGAAAAGCCAGCAGUAUGAACAACAACACCUCCCUUGCCAGCAUAGAACUGGAGAAAUUACGCAAGGAGCUCAUUUUAAGAAACAAGUUGAACGAACAGCAAAGUGUGAAGAUUGUAGCUAACAGGGAUUUGCUCCAGCAAAGGAAGGGGGAAAUACUACAGAUAGAUCAACGAAUCAGUGAUCUACAACAACGUCUGAAGAAGAAAAAAGCUCAAAAUGCAUCAGGUCACAACUCUUCACAAAACUACAAUGAUAAUUUCAUGCACAGUAGACAGACGACUGGGAACCACAAUGGAACUAAUAUCGCCGCUAUAGAACCCUACAUGAAGCAACCUCCAAAAGAUGUCACCAAGGAUGAUUUGCAUACAAACUUUGGCUUUGACAGACAAGAUCCCAAAAACCAGACCCUUCCACCAAAUUUAAAAUUUCCACACCCCGAAAAAAGUAAAGGGUUGGAAAUUAGGUCUGAUCAUAUGACCAGUGAUCCAAACAGUAAUGCUUCGGUUGUCAGCAAAAAUUAUGCUGUGCCUUUGGUUGUUAAAGUGAAUAACUCAAAGAGCCCUCCAAAUGGAGAUCAUGCCCCAGUUAAUACAGAGAAGAUACCUCCUCCUAAAGACACUGAUGACGCACGGGUAACAGCAACUUCAGCCAUGAAAUAUGCUGGCUCUGGGACUAAAGUGGGCAUGGGUAUUGUAAAUUUGGCUCCAAAACCAUUCGGGUCGACAUACAGUACAUCUAUGCUGACAGGUAGACCAUUUGUUUCGACAUCAUCCCAGCCUACAGCUAACAUACAAGAUGAAGUUCGUACAGGGGGCAGUGGUCAGAGUUCUCCUGCUACCAGUGAUAAUUCUUACCCAGUGUCCAACAGCGCACAGCCUGUACUCACCGGUCAAAAUCAAGGGACAAUGCCUCAUAAGACUGGCCUGGCACUUAACAGUAAGCCAAUGUACAAUACUGCUAAGUUUAGUCAUGUGGGUCCUACACAGUCCGGGGCCAGUUCUGGCCCUAAAGUCACAGCACCUGUUCCAUCCAGAGAUAUUAAACCCACACCGCUAGUAUCAAAAAAUGGCAAUCAUGCUAGUUCCAGUGCUGAAGUCAUAGUGCCAAGUAUACCACCACGCCAGACCCCGACAAGUACAUUUCCUUCCUCAAAACACCCUAUGCAAACUCCUCUUCCUCGACCAUCUCAAAAGGUGUCUGUUGCCCAGCCGACAACCAGCAGUGGGAGUAAUGUCAGUUCAAAUAACACUGCAGCUUCUUCACAUUCAAAGAUUGUUUCGGCACUCAGUUCCUCGAGUUCAAAGCCGGGGCAUUCACCUGUAGAACAGCCUAUUUCAGCUUCAAGCAGAUGGCCGAAAACUGCGGUCACAUCUGCUUCUAUCACUUCUCAAGACAAUUCUGAUCAUGGCCGAAUGCACUCCACUAACACUGCACACACCACCAGUAUCCAGGGUGAGAAUGGCGGUGCUGGUAUGCAAGUUGGUACAGCUGCAGGUGUGGUACAGCCAGCUAAGGGAAUACCCAGGUAUGCCCCCAAAAGCGUCAUCGCCAACACCUACACCCAGAAACUCGGGUCUGGAGCAAUUGAACAAUACCGUAAGAAUAUGUCCAUGCUUUAUCAGGGGUUUGGUGAUAGGAACAAGAAACAGGACAACAGUGCUACUGGAUCUAGUGAUGGUGUCAAGUCAACUAGCAUGAAACCCUCAGGCCCUGAGUCACAGGCUGCCUCCAGUCCAACAGAUGUAACGGACAGUAGACUCAAUUCUACCUCUAGUCUCUCGCAGUAUGCUUCGGACAAACCCAGUUUUAAAGCGACGUCUCCCAAGCAUCUGCGACGCAGACAUUCUGAUAGCAGUGACAAUGAAGAGGCACAAACUAAGCUCCUACAGACCCAGCCCUCACAAACGGUGUCCCCUCCCAAACCCUCUGCCCCUUCAUCUGUGGGUCAGACAGAAAACAAGUGGACAGCAGAGGAGAGCAGUGGAGCAGAAGCUAUUCUUGUUAUAGACAAUUUGGGUAAUGUGCUAGAGAUGAGUGAUAGUGCUGACUUGUCCGUGACCUCGGCUCAGAAUGAAAUGUUUGGUGAACCCGGUGAGCAGGGGACGCAUCCCAAGGCACCUAUUGUAAUAGAGACAAAUAAGGUGAAGCAUAGGUUAAAGACUAACUUAAAAGAGAAAUCCUCCUCCAACCGGUCCAGCAACAAAAGAGUUAGUUUUGAUCCAUUAGCAUUGUUACUUGAUGCUUCCCUGGAAGGAGAACUGGAGCUUGUUAGGAAAACUGCCACAGAGGUGGCAGAUGUUAGUGCAUCGAACGAUGAGGGCAUAACCGCUCUACAUAACGCUAUAUGUGCUGGGCACUACGAAAUAGUGAAGUUUUUGGUGGAAUUUGGAGCGGAUGCCAAUGCCCCUGACAGUGAUGGCUGGACCCCACUCCAUUGUGCUGCCUCGUGUAAUAACCUGCCCAUGGUGAAACUGCUGGUUGAUCACGGGGCCUGUAUAUUUGCUACAACGAUCAGUGACCAGGAGACGGCUGCGGAGAAGUGUGAGGAAGAUGAAGACGGAUAUGAUGGCUGCUCAGAAUAUUUAUACAGCAUACAAGAAAAACUAGGUAUUAUCAACAAUGGUGUGGUUUUUGCGGUUUUUGACUACAAGUCCCAGAACUCAGAUGAGCUGAGUUUCCGUGUAAACAGUUUAAUGACCAUCCUGAGGAAAGGAGACGAGAAGGAGAAGGAAUGGUGGUGGGCGCGGAUCAGGGACCGAGAGGGUUAUGUGCCCAGAAAUCUGCUGGGGCUUUCCAGACGAGUCCUGAGUGAGAAGGGGAAGAUUGAGAAGAAGUAACACAGUUGCUGAAAGAACCAGGUUGCAAAGUUCUGCCUUCUCAAAUGUUUCGUGAUGUUUCGCCUUUGGGGGGCCUUGUUCCUUGUUGGAGAAGGUGGAACAGUAAGCUACAGUUUGGCCAGUAUUCACACAAAAUGUGGUGCUGUAUAGUGCAAUAGAAUUUUCAGUGUUUUAGUAAUGUAAAAGAUGGUCAUCGGACUAUUAAAAUAUGCAUACGAAUUAAUCACAGGUGGGUCGAUGCAAGAUGGUAGAAGAUUUAUUUGGGAUGCAUGCAUUGACUUCCUGAUGUGAAAUCAAGGAGAAGUAUGGGUGUUUUCCACUGUACUGCAUCAUAUGGGCGCAGUACACCAACUGUUCAGAUUGUCAAAGGUUAUCAGUACUGGUUAUACAGUAAUAAGUUCACAUACAUUUUAUACAUAUGCACGUAGCAAAACGUGUUCUUAAUAUCUUGAAUUAUUAGAAAUAAAAGAACUUAACCCAGAUUCAUUGUAUUCCUGGAUUUAUGAUUGUGGUUUCAAACCAAGCAGCACUGUCCAUUUGGGAAAUUCUCAAGGGACAAGUUUGUAUGUGAGCACAAAGAGUUGCCUUACUUUUAACACCGAUGUGAAACUGUUUGCCUGAGAUUGGAUUGACUGAGCAUACUAAUUCUUUUAAUCUAUUGUCAUUCACCAUUGUCUUAUGUCUCAAACAUCAACAUUCAGGAGGACAUCACAUAUACAGACUUUGAGAGAUUACUGCAGGUGUUGGCAGCAGUAUUAAAUUAAAGGUUGGCAUGUUUAGUUUACACAUGUAGGCGAAACCUGCGGUCAGAAAAUGUAAGACCAUGUAAUAAACCUGUGGUCAGCACAUGUAAUAAACU